AAAAGGUUUUAGCUUUAGGAAUACCUGAAAGAGGAACACAACAGAACAAUACUCAAGAGUUCAUUUUCGAAGUAAAGAAAGAAAUAUGAGACCAAAGAAGGAAAGAAAUCAAAAAAGAAACAACUCAUCAUCUCCCGCAAAAACCAGAUUGAACAUUGAUUCAGGAGGAUCAUUCGGGAGUAGUCCAUCUUCUAGGUCAUCAUCAACAGUACCACCAGGAGCUACAUAUCUUCUAAAUAGAGAUACUAUUACAGAAGAAGGAUUGUUUGAAGAGAGAAGAGGAUAUAAUCCUGAUUACAAAAACCCUAAUAACCCUAGAAGUUUUCCAUACCGUGUUAAACAACAGUGUUGGGAAAAAGCUGAGAAGAUUAAAGGAAGAGAUCCAGAACGAUGGAGAAGAGACCCACUUGGUAAUAUUGUUUUUAGAAAGCUUGUUGGAUGUCCUGGUUGUCUUUGUCAUGAUUAUGAUCAUAUUUUGCCUUACUCCAAGGGUGGGAAGAGUACACUGGACAAUUGCCAGGUUUUACAGGCAACAGUUAACCGUUCAAAGGGAAAUAAAAUUGAGUCGGAGAUUUCGAGAGCUGAUCUAAUCCAGAAGAGCUCUUACUGCCGGGUUGCAGGUCGUGAGAUGGAUCUUCUUGAACUAUCAGCUUAUGGCAAUGUUCGUCGCGGACAAGACCCAGGUGGUUGUAGAAUCCAAUGACCCUAGGGUAGGUAGCCAGAGAAUUGACGACCAAUGCUUGAGUUCUGCUCUUGCUUAUCUAAGGAAAAAAGAUCCAAUGCAAAUUAGAAUGUCACGGUUUUUUCUUUUCUGUUCCAGUAGAAGAAGAUAUCAACAGUAAAGGCAGCAAUUGCUAUGAUUCAAGGCCUGUUAUGAGUUGCCGUUAUUCUGAUUUCUUGUUUCCACCUUCUGUAUGAAAUGUGGAGGGUGUGUGUAACAGUAAUUAUGUCACACAAAAGAGGAUUCUUCCCUACAAUGUAGCAAGAAAACCUUUAUCUAUUUAUGACACAAGUUUAACAUUUGGAACUAAUCAUGAAACUCAUGUACAACUCAUUGUCUGUAAAAGUUGUCACCCAUCUUGUGCUUGUUCUUGUGAAAUUAUUUGGAAUGUCAUAAUAUUAUUUCGUU